UGCAGAGAUUACGUACCGGAAGAAGGUUCGCCCCGUGGAAAACCGCCUCUCUCUUUUUUUUGUUCUCUUCCUUAUUUUCUUCCUCGCGUUAGAAAAAUUUGCACGAGCACACACAACCAACGCGGAGGAGAUUCAGAUCCGAAAACCUAAUCGAUCGAAAAAUUCACGAACCCUUUUUUUUUUUUUUUUAAAGCGUAAACGCUGAUCGAAUCCUUCACCAAACCCUAAUCUCGACCGAGGAAGACGAAGACGAGGAGGAGGAAGAGGAGAGAAGGAGAGGGAUCGAAAUCCUAGCUCUCGCAGAUGUCGUCGCCUUUCGAUUUCCUCUCCCAUCAGCGGCGGCGAUCGCCCCUCGGCGGCGCCUACUUCGCUCCGGCGGACCUCGGCGGCGCCGCCCUUAUCGGCACCCUCUCCGCCGCCGCGCGCAGCCUCGUCGCCUCCUACUUGGCGGCGGCGGCGGCGGCGGCCCCCCCGUUGCAGAGGAGGAACGCCCGAUCCCUCGUCCGCAAGGUGAGCGUCAUGCUCGUCCUCUUCGAUUUCCUGAGCGAGUCCUACGGCGCGUCGUCCUCGUCCUCGUCCCCGUUCCCGCGCGGAUCGCCCGAUUCCGCCACGCUCUGCUUGAGGGAGCUCUACAUUUUCCUAUACCGCGCCCGGAUGCUCCUCGACUACUGCUCCCAGUCCGCGCGGCUGUGGGUCGUGGUGCGCAACAACCAGAUCUCGGGCUACUUCCGCGACCUGGACCAGGAGAUCGCCACGCUCCUCGACGUGCUCCCCCUCGGCGCCCUCCGCCUCUCCGCCGACGUGCGCGAGCAGCUCGAGCUCCUCCGGAGGCAGUGCCACGACUCCGAUCUCCGCGCCGACCCCCGCGGCGAGGAGCUCCGCCGCAGCAUCUUCUCCCUCCUCGACGAAUUCGCGCGGGGCGACGCCCCCGACCCCGACGAUCUCCGCUCGCUCUUCGUCGACCAGUUAGGGGUUCGGGACGCCGAUGCGUGCCGCAGCGAGAUCGAGUUCUUGGAGGAGCAGAUUCUUAAUUCUGAGGAGGACACCGAUUUGCCCCUCCUCGGCGGUGCCGUCGCUCUCGCCCGGUAUUGUAGGUUCCUGCUCUUCGGCUUCGGCGAGCCGAAGAUCAAGCCUUCGGGCGAUGACUCCGUGAAACUGAAGACGACGACGAGGUUGCUCAGCAGUGGCGGCGAUUCGUCCUUCGCCAUACCGAAGGACUUGUGCUGCCCGAUCUCGCUCGAUCUGAUGAGGGAUCCGGUGGUCGUCUCCACCGGUCAGACUUAUGAUCGUGCUUCGAUUAUUCAAUGGAUGGAUGAAGGCCACUACACUUGCCCUAAUUCCGGCCAGAUUCUCACGCAUACUCGCCUCGUUCCUAAUCGAGCCCUCCGCAGCUUGAUUGCUCAGUGGUGCGCCGCCUAUGGAAUACCUUACGAAUCUCACGACGGCACCGAGGGAUCAGCUGAGAGCAUCGCCGCUGCGUGCAGUAGUAAGGCCUCGAUCGAAAUGAAUAGACUGACCUCUCGGAUGUUGGUUCGCCAACUGUUCGAUGGAACGGAUGAGCUGAAAGCCAUUGCUGCGCGUGAGAUCAGAUUGCUGGCCAAGACAGGAAGGGAGAAUAGGGCUUCAAUUGCCGAAUUAGGUGCCAUCCCUCCCCUUUGCCGCUUACUCCGAUCUUCGAACUCCGUCGCGCAAGAGAACGCGGUGACCGCGCUCCUCAACUUGUCGAUAUAUGAUGUGAACAAGAGCCGAAUUAUUGAAGAGGAAGGGUGCUUGAAUCUAAUCGUCUAUGUUUUGAAGAACGGUUGGACGGUGGAGGCGAGGGAGAAUGCUGCCGCCACGCUGUUUAGUUUGUCAGUGGUUCACGAGUACAAGAAAAGGAUCGUCGAAGAGCCGGGUGCGGUAGAAUCACUGGCUAAUUUAUUAAAGGAAGGCACUACGAGAGGGAGGAAGGAUGCAGUAAUGGCUCUCUUCAAUCUUUCCACCCACCCUGAGUGCUGGGUCGGUUUGUUGGAAUUCGGGGCAGUUACUGUGUUGGCCGGGGCACUUGAAAAUGAGUUGGUGGCCGAGGAGGCGGCGGGGGCACUGGCGCUGCUAUUAAAGCAGCAGAGGGUGGCCAAGGCAGUGGUUUCCGUGGACAGGUCGGUGACAAGCCUCGUGGGACUAAUGAGGAGGGGGAGUCCAAAGGGAAAGGAGAACGCGGUGGCAGCUUUGCACGAAUUGUGCCGCCGCGGUGGGUCAAUGAUGAUUCGCAGGGUGGCGCGAAUGCCAGGGUUUUGUGGGCUGCUGCAGAACAUCUUCCUUACAGGAACAAAAAGGGCGAAGCGGAAGGCGGCAUUGCUCACUAAAAUGUGCCAGAAGUGUGAGGCACCGACAAUGAUGUUGUUAGGUAGUAGUUGGGUGAUUGACCAAACGCUAGCAAGAAAUAGUUCCUUGAGAAGGGUUUCGAGCUUUGAGAGCGGGGAAUUGACGGUUUCGACAGCCAUAUCAGUGCCGGUGCCAUAGGUCUGGUCUGUUCUGUUCUCUCAAAAUUUUUAAGCAGUAAGUAUGUCUUGAAUUCUUUGAUUUGUGCUCGGUGAAAGGGGUAUAGAAUUAUAAAUAUGAAUCCAAAUGAAUGAAUACUUUGCUAUUUUGUUGGACAUUCUGUUUUAAAUGUAUAUACAUGCACAUAAUUAGAUGUCUAAGUUGAA